ACAUGAACUUUGCGUGCACCUAUGGGUAAAGUAAAAUUCAAUCGGAAAUUCUGGUUGGUUCUAAUUCGUAUUCGUAAUUCGUAAUUCGAUUUCCCGAAAAAGCUUAACUGUGUAGUAUUCCGGCGCCAAUAGCACAACUAAUUCUAAUUACAAUCGGUUGUAUCGCUGGAGCUGAAAUACUAACUACAACUACAUCUACUUCAAGAAAUAAACAUUAAGUGCGUACCCUGGAGCAAAUUGGUCCACACGAAUUUGUGAUGCUCCAAUAUUACAUAGGAAUCACCUUGAUAUUCUCGACCAUUUCAUGCCAAGAACUAACUAUUCGGAACCUACAAAAUGAUCUAAUAUUAAUGCAAAAAACAACCCUCUGCCAAAUCCAAACCGGAAACAUUCGUAUUGUUCACCCAAUUAACAUAACAGAAAUAGAGGUCACCAUCAACCUACUCACAAAUUUAGUGUACCAUAAGCAAAGAAAAAAUAAUGCUUUAAUCGAACUAAGUAAACACAAAAUUCGAGAAUUGUAUUCAAAUUUUGUACAAAUAAAACCAGCAUCGCACCAGAGACACAGAAGAAUGGACGCUAUCGGCACAAUGUGGAAAUGGAUAGCAGGCAGUCCAGAUGCCGAAGACUCACGAAUCAUUUACUCAAACCUCAACCAACUUAUCAACGAAAACAACCAUCAAGUGAAGAUCAACAAUCAAAUCGACAAAAGAAUCUCAGCUCUUACAAACACAAUCAAUCAAAUAAUAGACAAACAACAAAUCAACCAAAUCGUCCUCGACGAACUAGACGUUAUCACCACCAUUAUAAACAUCGACACUCUCAACAAAAUUAUAACAAGUAUUCAAGAAGCAAUGCUAUUUUCUAGAAUUCACGUCACUAGUAACGGUAUACUAACCAGCCAGGAAAUUCACUUAAUCAAAGACAUCAUCAACAAUCAAGGAGUCCAACUCAAUAUUCCCGAGGAAGCCCUAAAUUUUGUUACACCGAAACUAGUAAUGAACGAAAACACUUUACUGUACAUAUUACAUGUUCCAGAAUUAGAGAAGGAAAAAUCCACAAUCAUACGGAUCUACCCCUUGAACAAAAACGGUACAGUUAUAAAAUCUUACCCCCAAUUUCUGAUCAAACAGGCAAAACGACUCUUCACCACAUCAAAACCCGAAGAGUAUGUCCAAUUGCAAAGCUACAUCAGAGAAUUCAACGACUCUUGCAUACACCCACUCAUCAUGGGAACGGAACCAUUAUGUCUAAUGGAAACUAAAAAUGAAACUACUGCACUACUAAUAAGCAAUAACAAAAUGCUCAUUACAAACGCACAAAACAAUGAGCUACAGUCCGACUGUGGCCCACACAAUGGAAAUCUAUCAGGAAACCUUGUAAUAUCAUUCUCCAACUGCACAAUAGCUUUUAUGGGUCACCACUUUACAUCAAAGGAAAAAAUAACCGAAAACGAGACUAUUUUAGGUGCCUUCCACAACCUAAACAUAAAAAGCGAACUUUCCAAAAACUAUGACGUUGAAAAAAUAGAAAAAGCUACCUUAAUAAAUAGGAACAAAUUAGACGAAAUAUCACUUCGACACGAAACAGAUUGGAAAUGGAAAUGGAGCCUUCUUGGAGGAACCUCGUUAACAUCUGUUUUAUUGUUCAUCACCCUCUACUUAAUACUUUUCCAUUUAAGAGCAAUUCAUAUAAGAGCAACAAAGAGAAAUCAACGCCGAAGAUCGUCAAAAUCAACGAAUCAAAACAACCCAUCAAGUGCCGAGGACGACACUUUUUCACCCCCCCCGAUGAAUUACGUAGGGACCUGGACACCGACCAGCAACGCAGACGCCUAGGUCAGCACAUGAAGCCACUCACCGCCUCGUGUGGGAACAUUAGUCUUGUCAGCAUAAUGUUCCCUUAAAUACCACCUGCUAGACCAGCGUGGUUGUUCAGUAUAAAUGUAUCUACGGUCAGGGCCGCUGAGUUUUAAGUCAAUCAAGUGAAAUAAAGUGCAUAAAGUGAAAACAAACUUUUUUAAAACUUCGAACAGGUGGCCCAGAU